AUGUCUAAUCGCGACUACGCCGAACUACGUAAUGAUGAUAAAUUCAUCAACUGUGUGGAAAAUUUCGAUGCCAGUUUGGACAAAAUUGAGGCAGACCUGCAACUGGCAUGCGGUUUCAAGGAUUACGAUGAGCUGUCGACCCAGGAACGUGUAAAACUGGACAAUUAUUUGGCCUAUUCCAUAAAUUCGUUGUAUUGGAUGUAUGUCAAAUUGCAGGGCUUGGAUCCAAAUGAGCAUGGUAUAAAAAAUGAGUUGUCGCGUGUGCGACAAACUAUCUUGAGAGAUAAACAAAUCUAUGAACGCAAUACAAUACGUCCCGUCUUGGAUAAAGGUGCUGCCGGCCGUUUUAUUAAACAUGGUUUACACAUACGUUAUGACAAAGAUGGCAAGCCGAUACCAACGAAUAAUGAUGCGUAG